AUGUGGGCUGCCACGAUUCCUUUACUGGGCAUCGGUGGAACUCGCUCAGGACGCACCAGAGGCUCGGUAGACAUUGUGCUUCACUCUUUAUUGGACGUUAACGAUGCUAUUGCGUUACAAGCCUUCGUUCUCCCUCGACUAACUUUUGAAAUACCGUCUUUCAACCUAGUUAACAUCCUCUGGACGCAUUUAGAGGAUCUGCCACUUGCAGAUCCUAAUUUUGGAAAACCAGGACCGAUUCACAUUAUCAUUGGUGCCGAUCAUUACGGUCAAAUUAUUAAGCCUGGUAUAAAAAAAGGGGAAGCGUCAUCACCUAUUGCUCAACUAACAUUAUUCGGUUGGGUUGUUUCCGGACCGGUUACCUCUGGAUUUUCGGAAUCAGAGAGAGGAAUUUAUCAUUGUCACAUUGACCAUGAUCUUCAGAAUCUGCUAACGUGUUUCUGGAAGCAAGAAGAGAUUCCAAAUAUAGUUAAGAAAUCUUUAAGUAGCGAGGAGGAAGAAUGUGAGGCGCAAUUUCGUUCCACUUUUUCACGAGAUUCUGACGGUCGAUACAUUGUACGACUCCCGCUAAGAUCUCCGAGAUCUUCAUUAGAAGACGUGAACACAACAGCACUUCGUUGUUUAUCACGGCUUCACAAACGGUCCGAAAGGGAACCUUCUUACUGUAAGCUCUAUACGGAGUUCUUACAUAAAUACGAGACAUUAGGUCAUAUGAUUCCAAUACCGGAAUCCGAAAUCAACGCCGCUCCUGUUUUCUAUUUACCCCAUCACGGGUAG